AUGCCCAACUGCAGGAAGGUGUCUGCUGGCAGUAGGGCCCCGGGGCUCUACGUCCCCGGGCGGGACGCGCUCCCCAUGUCUGUGAUCGUGGAAGAACCGCCCAACAUGCGCGAGUCGCGCCUCGACGACCGGCACAAGCACCCGGACGACAUCAAGCCCAGCAGCGGCAGUUUCCUCGACGCCCUCAAGGAGCGACCGCACGACGCGCCGCAGCCGCACAGUGUCGAGCCUUCGACGUGCAAGUCGCCCGUCAGUCGCUCGGCGUUCGAGCCACUGGUCGCGUCCGCUGCUGCGAAACCGCUGCCGAAGGCGCAGCGCAGUCCCCGCGCCGAAGACGCGACGCUGACGGUGGCGUCACUGGAAACCCGUUCGAGCCGUCGCGAGGCGGUGAGGCGCACGAGCGCGCGAGAGGUUUCCAACGACCGUUCGCUGAAUCAUCGAGCGCCACAAAAGCCAACGAACGCCUCUCGCCACCAGUCGACCGCGUCAAUGUCUUCGCACCGAGAGAAGCCGCCGGUCGAGCAGCACGAGUCUCGUUCUGGACGGCCGUGUCGUCGGCGCUUGGAAGACGAGUCCCGAAGUACGCGUCCGAAAGCCUUUUCGGAUCCCCCCGUGACCACAUCUACGCCACGAAGAGGCGACCAGUUGCACUCCCCGAAGGCGUCGCACGGCAGUGGUAAGCCGACCGCGAGGGUCCGAUCCAAGUCGUCCACCAAGAUGGAGCCUGAUCCCUCGCCUUCAGCCUACGAGUCGGAUCGACGCGCUGCGCCGGAUCUUCUUACCGCAGACCGACCCUGUUCGACGUCACGGGACAGACGCCGAUCUAAGUCGCCCCCUCUGUCGGACGAUAAAGGUCAGGUGAAGCGCAUGCUCCCCCCAUUUCGACGGCCGAGUCGUGUCCUUGACGACGACAGUCCGAGUUCCAAGACGCGCGCUGGACACACUGCUGGGUCGAGUGACCACAGCGAGCAGCAAAUAGGUACUCGACAGCCGUCGCACCGCGUUGACGCGUCAAGUGGUGAUCGCGCCAAGUCGCCUCCUGCACGUGCGUUGCACUCCGACACUGAAUCGAACGAGGAGGAUUGGGGGACGAAAUCGUCUCGAGAACUGAGUUUUCCCGCCCGAGAACGCUCGAGACUGUAUUCAAAGCUGGUGUCGCGUCGUCACAACGAUACGGAGGAACGUCAAGUGGCUUCGUGUCGGCAGUCAAGAAUGCCCACGACGCUGCAUUCGGAGUCGCCGUUUGGUUUUAAGCCAGGGAAAGAUAAGGUGCAAGUGUCGCCUCGUCAGUAUGGGAGCUCACGAGAACGUUCGCACGUAUCGCCGUCGUUUCCGUCGAGCAGGUCGCCAAACGCUGUGUCGAGUGACAAGUCGAGUGACAAAACGGCUCCUCGUUCGACACCGACGUCCAGCUUGUCUCGGUCCCCCCGUCCGCGUCGGAUGAGUGCGCCAACGUCUCCGUUGCGCUUGCGUCACUACGAGGGUCGAUUCAUGAACCGACGGCGGCAGACGCUGUUCUACUUUUCUCUCUUUCCACCGGAGGGAAUGCCAUUGCGAGGAGUUGUGCUGUGUCUGCACCGACUCGGCGAUCACUGCCGCCGCAACGCGAAUGUGUACGAGCGCUUGUGUCGAGAAGGCUUCGGUGUGAUCACCUACGACUUGAUCAAUCACGGCGUGAGCGACCUCGACGAGCACAAAACUCGCACGCACAUUGGGGACUUUAAUCACCUCGUGGAGGAUACGAACGACUUUGUCACGUUUGCAAAGCGCUCGAUCUACACGGACGCGCUUCGAUACUGGCGAAAGUGUCAGAGCCGUCAUCAGGACGGUGACCCGGACAAUGCUGUGCAACCCGAGUUGCCCCUGAUCAUUGCCGGCACGUCGUUUGGCUCGAUCAUUGGGAUAAACACGAUACUAUCGGGAGAGCACAAGUUUCAUGCUGCAGUUUGGAGCUCACCAACGUUUGGCGUGAUUUGGAAUCCAUUGUUAUGGGCCGAGGCGAAGCUGGCGAAACCGUUGGCUGCGAUGAUGCCAAAGGCAAAGGUGGUGCCGCCCGUGCAGCACGAUCUGCUAAGCCGAGACCCCAACUUUUUGAGGAGAUUUAAAGCCGACCCGCUUACGAAUAUGGGCAUGAUGACAGCACGUACGGGGCACGAGGUCCUCCAAGCGAUGGUUCGACUGCAGGAAGACGCAAGGGUGAUGGAUCCGAGUAGCGCUUUCUGUGCUGUUCCAACGCUUUUUCUCGGAGGUUCGCUGGACGGGAUCUCGGACCAGCAGGCGGCGAUCAAAUUCUUUGGUACAAUGGGGAACUUUGACAAGGAGUUCAAGCUCUUUGACGGCCUCUACCACUUGGUGUACGAGGAGCCCGAAAAGGAGAACGUGUUCAGGUACCUUGCCAAGUGGUUGCACCGUCGGUUCCCGUCCGAAACGCGUUGA